CUUCAACUCUUCUGCUAGUCUUGAUAUUUAUCCUUUAGCACUAGGGACGGAGGGAAGCAGGGGCCAAGGGGGACACUGGGCUCCCUUGAAAAUUUAAAGGUAUAUAGGUAAUUUCAUAUUUAACCCUAAAAAUCCUUUUGUAACAGCAGCAGCUCUCCUUAUUUCUCCAUUUCCCUUCCUCUGCCGACAAAAAGAGCUUCCCCUUUGCAAUUAUCUCUUCAUCUCUACUUCACUCUUUUCUUCAAUUCUACUUUACUCCACAAUUUCAAGAAUCAUUUGCCUAAAUCUACAUAUAUGGAGCGAUUUUUUAAAAGAAAAUUAAACACAGCAGAAUCAUCAUCAUCAAUCAAUCAACCUAUUCAACCAGCACCACCUAAGCAGGUGAUUGUUGAGGAAGUUGAGGUCAAUAUAGAAAACAUUCCUUCUGAUCCAGGACUGCGACCUAACAUAAUGAGCUAUCCACCUGAUAUUAAGAAUCAGGUAUAUAGAGCUUGCUUACUUAAAGGUCCAUGUCAACCACGCCAUCAUAAAUAUCCUCAAAAGGUAGAUGGAACUUGAAAACGGAGAUUUAUUGCAUCUUGGUUUGAUGAAUUCAGUAGUUGGUUGGAAUAUAGUAUUGAAAAAGAUGCUGCAUAUUGUUUAUAUUGUUAUCUUUUUGCAACUGGGCGUGGUGAAAGAGGUCAUGAUGCUUUUGUAUGUGAGGGUUUUACUAAUUGGCGAAAGAAAGAAAGAUUGAGAGAACAUGUAGGAGACCAUAAUAGUGAUCAUAAUAAAUGUUGGUUAGCUUGUGAAGAUUUGAUGAAUCAAGCGCAACACAUUGAAGUUUCUUUUUCAAAACAAUCAGAGCAGUCAAAAAUUGAGUAUCAUUGCAGGUUAAAUGCAUCAAUUAUAUAUCUUCGUUAUCUCUUGAUGCAAGGAUUGGCUUUUCAAGGGAACGAUGAGUCUGAAAAUUCAUUAAAUCAAGGAAAUUUUCUUGAAUUAUUAAAAGUUCUGGCUUCAUGUAAUGAAGAAAUUAAUAAUGUUGUGUUGAAGAAUGCUCCUGACAAUCUCAAACUCUCAUCUCCUGAUAUUCAAAAAGGUAUCAUUAAUGCAGCUGCAACUGAGAUAACAAAGGCUAUAAUUAUAGAUUUGGGGGAUGAUUUGUUCUCUAUUUUAGUUGAUGAAUGUCGAGAUGUAUCAGUUAAAGAGCAAAUGGGAGUUGUCAUAAGAUAUGUCAAUGGAUCUGGAUGUGUCAUUGAAAGAUUUAUUGGUCUUGUGCAUGUCCAUAAUACAAGUGCAGCAUCUCUUAAAAAAGGUAUUGAGUCUUUGCUCUCUACUUAUGGCUUGAGUAUAUCUAGUUUGAGAGGUCAAGGCUAUGAUGGAGCUAGUAAUAUGCGAGGUGAAUUUAAUGGCCUUAAAAGUUUGAUUUUGAAGGAGAAUUCUAGUGCUUAUUAUAUCCAUUGUUUUGCUCAUCAACUCCAACUCACACUUAUUGUUGUUGCUAAAAAGCAUUCAAGUAUAGGUUCUUUUUUCAAUACUGUUACUCGUUUGGUCAAUGUUAUUGGAGGUUCUUGUAAACGCAGCGACAUGCUUCGAGAAAAACAACUAGAGAAAGUGUUUAAAGGAAUUGCAAAAGGUGAAAUAAAAACUGACAUGGUCUAAAUCAAGAAACGGCAUUGAAGAGACUAGGAGAUACUCGUUGGA